AUGACCAAGUGUUAUUUGAAGGAUGCCUCGGAUCCUCCACGUGGUAGGGCGAACAAAAGGGGAAGAAAUACACCUGCGAAUGAGGCACCCGAGCCAUCGGCUGAUAGGGAAGAAGACCCGGCACCCAACACAGGAGAAAAUCCAGGAACGUCUCCCUCGACCGGUCAUGAACCGCAAUCUGUGACCUCUGCAAGCCCCCAGACCCAACCGACAGACACCACGGCCAGUCAGCCACGAACAAUUGAAGAACUCAAAGAGAUAAUAGAUCGUGACAUCACGGAGCUGGUGACCAAGUGGUUAACUUUACCCCUAGACCAGCCGUAUGACGCGCGCUAUGAUUAA